GUCAGUGUCAAUCAAAACAGUUAAAUUCAAUUAUUACCUAUAAAGGAGAAGUUCUCAAACAUCUUUACCAACUAAAUGUUUAUUUUGGAACCUUCUGUAACAUGUGUAAAAAGUGCAGGACAUGCAAGAAGAGAUUGCUGGUUUUCCAUCAUUUGUAAAGAUUGUGGAAGUAGGACCUAGAGAUGGACUUCAGAAUGAAAAGGCCAUAGUUCCAGCGCAAACAAAGAUAGAGUUUAUCAACAAAUUAUCAGAAACAGGAUUGUCUGUUAUUGAGGUCACAAGUUUCGUAUCACCAAAAUGGAUCCCUCAGAUGGCCGACCAUACAGAAGUGAUGACAGGAAUUAAGAGACAUCCUGGAGUAAUAUAUCAGGCACUUGUUCCAAACGUAAAAGGAUUUCAUUCUGCUAUAAAUGCCAAAGUUGAUGAGAUUGCUAUAUUUGGAGCAGCGUCAGAAUCCUUUAGCAAAAAAAACAUAAACUGUAGUAUAGAAGACAGCCUGAAGAGAUUUGAUGCAGUUCUGGAGGAAGCUAAGAAGACUAAUACACCUGUCAGAGGAUAUGUAUCCUGUGUACUUGGUUGUCCAUAUGAAGGUGAAAUUGACCCGGAAAAAGUUGCUUGGGUUUCAAAAAAGAUGUUAGACAUGGGAUGUUACGAAAUAUCUCUAGGGGAUACCAUCGGUGUUGGUACACCAGGUAAAAUGAAGACACUGAUUUCUACUGUAUCAAGAGACGUACCAAUACAGAAGUUAGCAGUACACUGCCACGAUACAUACGGUCAGGCUCUUGCCAAUAUAUUUGCUGCUUUACAGAUGGGCAUCUCAGUGGUGGACAGUUCCGUAGCAGGCCUUGGAGGAUGUCCAUAUGCCAAAGGUGCUAGUGGAAAUGUAUCCACGGAAGAUGUAGUCUAUUUAAUGAAUGGUUUAUCAAUUAAAACUGGUGUUAAUAUACAAAAGUUAAUAGAAGCCGGACUAUUUAUAUCUUCUGCUUUGGGACAACAGACUCAUUCAAAAGUGGCGCAAGCAACAAAGUCAAGUCUAUGAAAUAAUGAAUUUCUAGAAUUGUUAAUGAAUUGUGCCAUCUAAACAUCAUCAUCUGUGAUUGGAUAUCACAUACAGUCACUGCAGUCCAUUGUGGACUUCAUUUGUGUGAGGACUUAACCUAAAGAGCACAAUAUCUAUGCAGUGCUGAAAUGUGUUGGACCUGUUAACUAUCAAAAGGGACAAACCUCUCAUAUUCAUAAAGAUAUGUUGAGAGCCAGAACUGAUGUCUGAUACCAGCAGGCCUGAAGCCAGGAUGUCUCUGAGGGAGGUUAUUUGGGGUCAUGACCCUCUAACUUUAAUAGUAAAAUUUCUUACUUUAAACUUACAAAUAGAAAAAAAUAGAAAUAAAGAUAUGAUUAAAUCUGAUAAAAAUAUAAUUCAAUCUGAAUCUUGACUUUAAUAGUCUUUAACAAUAUUAUUUAUUUUCAUGGGAGGGGGGGAGGGGGGAAGGGGGAAGGUUAGUCUAUGGGUGUGACCAAUAUAGAGAUAUGGAUACUCAUCUUUGAUUUACAGACUGAUUUCAAGCAAAAUUCAAAGUCAUUCAUACACCAUUCAUGUCUCAUGUUUUAUCCAUAAUUUACUGUAUUGUUUUCAUGUCAGUGGAUGUCUUAUUUUUUGGGUUAACUUUCUGUGGCAAAACUAGGUCAGCUGGGUGCAUUACUUCAAAGUUUUUUUUAUCUAUGAGACUAUUUUUCAUUUGUAAGAUAACCUGGAAUUAUGCAAGUUAAAGUAUGUUUGUUAUAUUGUUAUUAUUUGGAAUUAUUUGAUAAUUGAUAAAUAUAUAAAUGUGUUCAAAAUCAUGAAAGUUUGAUGUGUCUGAAAUAAUAAAUGUUACAUGAG